AGUCAGAGUCGGAUGUCCUGCCUGGAGUGUAGAACCAAGUCAGCUUCAACUUUACAACAGUGAGAAGGCAAUGAUUUACAAUGCGCGCUGUCACUCCUGUUUCAUGGCAAAAUCGGUGAACUCUCGAGAGUUAAUCUGUGCAGUUAUUUGAGUUUCGCUCAAGAUAAGUUUUUAGCUGUUCUCUUUGUGUUUCUUUUUGAAAAAGUUACCGAUACAGUUGGGUAGAUAUGCACGUUGUUAUAUUAGCUAGUGUGUCUUUCCGAAACAGCAGAAAGAAGAAUACACUUUUCGGAGAUUACAAUAGUUAGCCCGUAGCCAUAUUGUUGGGAGAAAAUACAUUCACAAUAAUUUAACAACUUCAUCGAAGUUACUUUUGGAAGAAUUUACUUUUGGAAGUUGGAUGAUUUUGAGGUUUCAAGUUUCGUUCUGAAGAAAACUUUGCAUUGAUUUUGGCUCUUUGAAUCUUUUAUAGACAUUUUUUCUCGAGCAAAUACGUUUUGUAUUGUUUUUGGAAUAACCAUGGAUCCCAGCCAGCACAACCCUCCAGCCGGUCACCAGAUAGUCCAUGUCCGCGGAGACUCGGAGACUGAUCUGGAGGCCCUUUUCAACGCUGUUAUGAACCCGAAAAACACAAUCGUCCCCGCCUCCGUCCCCAUGAGGAUGAGAAAGCUACCCGAUUCCUUCUUCAAACCGCCUGAGCCAAAGUCCCACUCCAGACAAGCUAGCACAGAUGCAGUUACGGCUGGUGCCCUCGCCCCCCACCAUGUGCGUGCCCACUCAUCUCCGGCCUCUCUACAGCUUGGGGCAGUGUCACCCCUAUCGGGCAUGGUCCCCGCGGGCGCGCCUCCAUCAAACCUCCGACAGUCGUCCUAUGAGAUCCCAGAUGACAUGCCCCUGCCCCCGGGUUGGGAGGUGGCUCAGACCCCCUCUGGACAGAGAUACUUCCUCAACCAUCUGGACCAGUCGACCACCUGGCUGGACCCUCGUAAGGCCCUCCUACAGAUGAACCAGGCCCCUCCCACCAGCCCAGUACCAGUCCAGCAGCAGAACAUCAUGAGCCCAGCUAGUGGUCCUCUCCCUGACGGCUGGGAACAGGCCGGCACCUGAGGAGAGAUCUACUACAUCAACCACAAGAACAAAACCACCUCCUGGCUCGACCCACGCCUCGAGCCGUGCUACAGCCUGAACCAGCAGCGUAUCACCCAGAGUGCUCCUGGUAAGCAGGGGAGCCAGAUGCCUUCCAGCCCCCAAAGUGGAGGAGUCAUGGGGGGCAGCAACCAGAUAAAGCUCCAGCAGCUGCAGAUGGAGAAGGAGAGGUUGAGACUGAAACACCAGGAGCUGCUCCGCACCAGACCACAGGAGCUUGCUCUGAGGAACCAACUGCCCACCAGUAUGGAGCAGGAUGGGGGAGCCCUUAACCCCGUGUCGUCCCCUGGGAUGGGCCAGGACGCCAGAAUCAUGACCACCAACAGCAAUGACCCAUUCCUCAACAGUGGGACCUACCACUCCAGGGAUGAGAGCACAGACAGCGGUCUGAGUAUGAGCAGCUACAGUGUCCCCCGAACCCCUGAUGACUUUCUCAACGGUGUGGACGAGAUGGACACAGGGGACUCCCUGCCGGUCUCCAUGGGAACACAGCCCAGUCGUUUCCCUGACUACCUGGAUGUCAUCCCGGGGACAGAUGUAGACCUUGGCACGCUGGAGAACAAGAGCAUGGCCGUGGAGGGGGAAGAGCUAAUGCCUAGUCUCCAGGAAGCCUUGAGCUCCGACAUCCUAAACGACAUGGAGUCAGUUCUGGCAGCCACCAAGAUGGACAAGGAGAACUUCCUCACAUGGUUAUAGACCAAGCCGGACCUGGGCCUGCUCACUGAUAAGCUAUAGUAUACAACAUCGGUUUACAAACUUUUUUUGCUUCUUGACCCACCAAUUGAGGAGGGUGUUUAGUCAUGACCCACCAAUUGAGGAGGGUGUUUAGUCAUGACCCACCAAUUGAGGUGGGUGUUUAGUCAUGACCCACCAAUUGAGGUGGGUGUUUAGUCAUGACCCACCAAUUGAGGUGGGUGUUUAGUCAUGACCCACCAAUUGAGGUGGGUGUUUAGUCAUGACCCACCAAUUGAGGUGGGUGUUUAGUCAUGACCCACCAAUUGAGGUGGGUGUUUAGUCAUGACCGACCACACGAUUCGAGCAGUGGAACAACAUGCUCUGACCCGCAGGUAUAUAAGAGAGAGGAGAGGAGCCUGGGAUGAGCUCCUAUGGGCUCUAUAGGAGAGACACUGCUCUUCACUCCUAUAGUCCACACGUUUACCUGUUGCCUAGUCAAACUCUCAGACCAGUGAACGAUGUGUAGUUGCCUUGAUUAAAACAAUCAUACUUUCCUCCUUCCUGGAUAUGAAUGAUGUCUGUCAUCGGGCAGCGUACAUGUUAACAUGGCCGACUGAGGCACUGCUAUUAUGUUGUUUCUAUAUCUUUCUUUUUGUUGUCUGUGUCUUCAAGGCUGGCCUGUGAACACACAAUUUAUUCAAAGGUCCCUGAAUCUUUUCACACGGCUGGCAUUCUUAAUCUGUCCACCAUCUUUACCUGGUGCUUGUUUGUUUCUCUACCACACCUUUACAUCUAGGGUGUCUUACCUGCUGGCCGGCCGGCAAGGCAAGGGGCUUGCUGCUCUCCCUAUCCCCCAACCCCCACAUCUGAUCUGGGCGGCUGCCUGCCUCUACUCCUCUCACCUCGGCCCCAGGCUUCCUGACAAUAGCAUUCAAGCAUUGUAUUAUCCUGCCUUUUUUUCUUUUAAUUCAUGUAUUUUACAUUGUUUUAAAUAGUUUUUGUUUUUAAUGAUGAGCCUGAGAAAACCCAAAAUGAUAUAUCUGAAGUUGUGUAAAGAACUGUAUUGAUUUGGAAGGUUAGUUUAGGUACGUUAGGUUAGGGCUUCGCCCCAAAUGGCACAUAUUCCUGACAUAGUACACUACUAUGGCCCCUGGUAGUAGUACACUAGAUAAGGUAUUGGGUGCUAUUUGGGACAUAACCUAGGUUACACAAGCUGGAGUCCCAGUUAGGACAUGUUAGCUCUGUGUGGUGGUGAUGGGGGAUGGGCUGGAGCCUGGGCCGGGGACCUCGUAUACUAUACUAUACUCAGUGGUGGAAAAAGGACCCAAUUGUCAUACUUGAGUAAAAAGAUACCUUAAUAAAAAAUGUCUCAAGUAAAAGUGAAAGUCACCCAGUUAAAUACUACUUGAGUAAAAGUCUAAAAGUGUUUGUUUUUAAAUAAACUUUAGUAUCGAAAGUAAAAUUCCUUUUACAUUAAACAAGCCAGACCUCA